AUCUAAAGGUAGGGCAUGUAAAAGCUGUGUGGCGGACUAUUAUUGACUGAGGCAAAUUUAUCAAGCCUUCUUUUGAGCUAAGAGUUUAAGAUAGAUAGCCGUUGUACUUAGGUCUUUUACAAUGUUAUAUGCCAAUAUGGGAUAAAUGCUAGUGUGGGACUUUCAGUGAAGCUUUAUAUAACAGUCCUUAACCUUGAAAGGAAGACAUAUUUGACUUUUCAGAACCAUGUAGCAAGUCUGAUGGAUGAAGUGAUAACUGAUAAACGAUAAUGCCAUGAUUGCCAUCGGACUUGCACUAUUCAACUUGACAGGAGGGAGGGCAUGGAUAAAAAUAAUUCAAUCACGUGAUACUAAACGUGAGCAGUGCUACUGAGUACUGAACAAGGCGGGGUUUUUUAAACGGACAAUUUUCAAAUUUUACUGGCAAAGAAAUAUAGAAUAAUCAUUCUUUAUGGCUGGUAUAUUGGCUGAGGUAGACCAACCAAAUUACCCUUGGUCUUGGUCCGAGGCUGACCAGAAAGCUGAUAAACUGGAAGUGGGAACCAGGGUCUGGGCUGAGUGGGAUAAAAAUGAGUUUUAUAGAGGGACGGUGAAAAUUAUUCGAGGUGAUGAUGUAACGGUUCUUUUUGAUGAUGGGUAUUCAAGGAUGUAUAAGGCCUCUUCAGAAGAAUUCAGUGAGUCGAUUGUCAUCGAUUCCGAAAUAAGAAAAAACCAAACGCCUGAAAUUAAAGAAGGUGACUAUCUGUUAGUGCCAAUUAACGACAGCAAAGGCGAAGUAAUGCAGAAAGGCGUCGUUACUAUUGUUGGAAAAGUGUUCUUCACACUAAAUUUACUGCCGGAUCUAGCGAAGAAGAGAGUGCGAAAAAGAAGUACAGCUCUGAGGCUGUUCAAUAAAAAAGCGGGUGAAACUGCCGAAGUGAAGUUUAAAAAAGAACUUGACGACAGCGUUGAGAUUUUAAAGGUUGUUAAAGGAUUGGAAUCAUUGGAUCCUUAUGGUCAAAUUGAAAACGACGAUUUACCUGAUGCUCUCUCCCCAGAGGUCUUGUGGGAUCAUGGGGAUCUGAUCGAUUUCACAUCGCCCGGCGAGAACAUCAACUGUAGCUCUAGUUUUGUUUUCACCCCCCCGUAUGAUAUGACGAUCGGUUUAUCAAUGGAUCCACUGGCAAGAAAGACAAUCCCACAAACCUCGACACCUGUCAUGUUCAAUAUCUCUAGUAAUGGCGACUAGAUGUAAAAUUGUCUCGGUAAUGAAAGA